AUGGCGGGGGACCCAUUUUUGUCGGAUCCGACAAAGAAGCGAAAGCGGUUGAGUAAGCUCACCAGUACGUCAUCGAAGAAUAAGAGGUCGAGAUCAUCAACGCCACAACCAAUGUCAAAUAGAGAGGAUGAAGAGAUCUCUAGCGCCAGUGAUAAUAGUGACGAUGAUGGUGUUGGUGGCGAUGAUGGAGAAGGAGACGAAAUCGAAGGGAGACAAGAUGAGGAUAUAUCGUCGGAUGAAGAGUUUCAAGACGAAAGUGCAGCAGACAAGCGAAGACGGUUGGCCAAGCAGUACCUUGAAAACCUCAAGAAUGAAGAAUUAGGCGAUGUUGAAAACUAUGACGCACAAGAGUUGGAUGACGAAAUAUUGUCCAAGAGGUUGCAGAAGGAUGUUGCUGAAACUAAGGGUCAUGUAUAUAAGUUUUUCGGAUCGAGGAUCUCGCAGCAAUUGGAUGGUGGUACGACCAAGCUAGUUACAACAAGAAUAGGGUCAAAGAAUUUAACCAGUAUGAAUGUUCAUUACCCUUAUCUAUACACCGUUUCUAAAGAUUGUGAAAUAAUCAAAUGGAAUAUUAGUCAUCGAAGAAAACCACAGAGAGUGAAACACACCAAGGGAGGAGCUCGUUUUUUCAAACUCAAUACAUCAACUCCAGGGUCAAAUCACCAUUGGCAACAAAUCAAUUGCGUAGCAGCAUCGCCAGAUGGGAAAUAUGUUGUGACAGGAGGAUCCGAUUCUCGUUUGAUCAUAUGGUCAAGUGAAAACUUGGCAUGCUUGAAAGUAUUGGAAACACGAUCAGCAGUCAACUCGAUAGUGUUUAGAAGGAAUAGUGAUCAAUUAUUUGCAGCUUGUGCCGAUCUACGGUUACGAACGUAUUCUAUUAACCAGUUUACCCAGUUGGAGGUGUUGUAUGGACACCAGGAUAAUAUCACUGAUGUUUCUGCCCUAUCUAGAGAGACAUGUGUUUCUGUGGGGAGUAGGGAUAAGACUGUAAUGUUUUGGAAGAUUGCAGAGGAAACGAGGUUAACUUUUAGAGGUGGAGACUCGCUUGAAAAGAAACAUAAAAAGAGCAAGAAAUCUGGCGAGGAAGCAAACCUGGAUGAGCUGGAACCGUUUUAUUAUGAAGGGUCAAUUGACGUUGUCAGUAUGAUUGAUGAGUCUCAUUUUGUUAGUGGGUCAGAUAAUGGAAACAUUGGUUUAUGGUCGCUUGCCAAGAAGAAAGCUCAGGCUAUAAAGAGGUUGUCUCAUGGAGUACAGCGACAAUUUGCACCAGAGGAAGCAAGUGCAGAGACAGUAACGGAUCUCGCGGCAAGGCAAAUUCCUGAACCACAACCGUAUUGGAUAACGGCAAUACAUUCACCUGCUUAUAGCGAUAUAUUCUUUAGUGGGUCGUUCAGUGGAGAUUUAAAGAUAUGGCAGUUGGAUGAAACUUUGAGAUCUUUCAAUUUGAUUGGGGAAAUCAAGAAUUUAAAAGGAUUCAUUGUAAAGAUUGAUAGUGUUGAAAUCUCUGAUAACAAACAGUUAAAAGUGUUUGUUCUUUUGAGUAAAGAGCAUAAAUUUGGUAGAUGGUUUGGAAAAAUACCUGGAGGUAGGAAUGCAUUGGUUAGUUUUACAUUUGAUAUAUAG